AUGGAGACGUUUUUAGGAACACUCGGCCUGCUCACCACGUGUCUCCUUCAGGCAGCUUACUGGAACGCCUUCCAAGAAGCUUCUUCGCCCUAUACCCGGAGCAGCAUCUCUACAGCUCCCUUCUCCUGCUCCCUCCUCUCCUCCCUCCUCUGGACGGCCUACACCCUCCCUAUAGUCACACCCCGCCGCAUUCUCUUCCUGCUCGCGCACGUCCUACAGUCACUCUCCCUCUCCGUCCUCCUCCUCUCCCUCAUCUCCUCUGACUCCUCCACCCACACCCUGCGCCUGCGGCAGGUGCUGCAACUGCUGCUACCAGCCUCUGGCCUUUCCAUCCUGGUGCUCUUCCUCGGAUCCUUCUUCGCACCUUCCUCACUCGUCAUCGGAUGGACUGCCUCAGCUGCUGCGGCUCUCCUGCUCGCCUCUCAGCCCCUUUCCCGCAUGCUCAUCCUGCUGGACACAGCAGCAUCGGCACAGCCAUCUCACCUCUUCCUCAGCUGCUCAGCUCUUGCUGCUGCAUGCACGUGGGCGGCCUUUGGCUUCGCUGCUCAAGACCACUUUAUUGCCGUGCCAUAUGUGCUUGUGGCAGUGCUUGAAGCCCUUUCUCUCGCCCUUUCCACAUUCCUGGGAAAGGCCUCUGUCUCCCAUGCAAUCCCUCUCCACUCCUGCACGCCCAUCCCCUUCGUUUCUCCACCCUUUCAAAUCCCUCUGUACUUCCCCUCCCAUCCGCAACCCCCAUCAUUUCCCAACCAUCCUCACCCCCCUUUACCCCCACCCAUCCUCACCCCCCUUUACCCCCACCCAUCCUCACCCCCAAUGAAUUGCCUCCCAUCCAUCCCUACCCAUCUCCACCCAUUCGCACCCCUCUCCCAGAGCGGCCAGCAGUGCAGCGUCACAGCAGAGGGCAGCCGAGGGGUAUGA